AUGAGUCCUACAGCCGCCAAUGCAAAAGCCACCGACGAACUGCCGUCGUACGACCGACACUUGGUCGAGUCCGUUCCACUUGUCCCAGAACCCUUGGACCCUCUUGGUUUCUGGACAGGUUCCAUCACAAAUCAGCACGUACAACCAGUAAACAACGUCAAGCAGGCCUCCCCUUUUCCCAGUACCAAUGGAAGACUUGGAGCACCAACUAAGCUCAGGGGUCCAUACUACACACUCCAACCGCCGCCGAUCUUGUCUGCGUCAUCUGUAUCCGGAUCAAUCACCCCCCGAUUCCAUCCCCCUCAGCUCUGGUCCAGUACAGACAAGCCCUACCAUCUCAGCCUCCGAAGCCUCACGGCCUUCGAGAGCGACAACUCGUGAGGACAUGUUGGGCUGAACGGCUGAAGUUAUCACGGCGGGCAAUGGCCGAGGAUGGGCGAGGUGAGACUUUCAAAGACCGCACCGGUCGAUGUUGGUUGAAUGCUUUAAAGUGAAGAACCACGGGUGUCAUCCCACGCUGACAACCACCAGAGGCACACAGUACCACUACGCGACGGGGGAUCCCUCAAUUCGCUCGGCUCGCGCCAAGUACCCAAGACGGGUCCAGAUAUAUUUAUCCAAGGUUAUGCUGUAUUUUAAAAAGUGUAUGUAUGCAUAUCCGCGCUCUUGCCAUCCCCCCCAAAGCGCCUCUGCGUGGCCAGAUACCGUUGUGCUCGUAGACCGUUGUGCUUGUAGCUCAGGAUGCCGCCGUGCCCCGACGGCUCUGUGUCUUCCCCGACGCCGGCCCCUAUUCUCUUUUUUGUUGUUUUAUUUUUUGCGCUGGCUGUUCCCCC